AUGUCCGAAACGCCCGCUCCCACCCCGCUCCGCAAGGCUGUCGUCCUCGCCGACGACGGCUACGAGGACCUCGAGCUCCACUACCCGCGGCUGCGGCUGGAGGAGGCCGGGUUCGACGUUGUCGUCGCCGCCCGCGAGGCCGGCCUCACUUCCAAGUCCAAGUUUGGCUACUGGGCCAUCUCCAACGCCGCCUUUGCCGACGUCGAUCCUUCCGACGUCGCCGUCCUGGUUGUUCCGGGCGGCCUGCUAUGCCCGGAUCGCCUCCGCCGCUAUCCGGAAGCGCUCGGCCUGGUGGCCGGUGUGGCUGCUGCAGGCGGCGUCGUCGGUAUGAUCUGCCACGGUCCGUGGGUCGGCAUCUCGGCCAAGAUCCUCGACGGCGUCCGCGCCACCUGCUUCUCCGCCAUUAAGGACGAUGUCAUCAACGCUGGCGCCACCUACGUUGCCGACGAGCGCGUCGUCGUCGACGCAGACGCCCGCAUCGUCACCGCCCAGACGCCCAACGACCUGCCGGGCUUUAUGCGCGGCAUCCUCAGCCUCCUCGACGACUAACGCCUGUGCCGUGUCACGGCUGCGGUUUGGUAGUACUGCACAACGGCCGGCAGUGGUGUAGAACUGUAAAUGGCUUCAUUGCAGGA